GGACAUACGUUUCUGGGCUCGCGCUCUGAUGACAGAUAGACGCUUUAAUCUUCAGCCGGUGAUUAAUAAAACACACUGCCGUUAUAUUUGAUACCAGAACCGUUGCCGUUAAUUGUCUGGACCGGGUCAGCAGGGACGCUCGCGCUGUGUGAGGAUGUUUCUGUCAGCGGUACCGACGCGCGUGCUGAUGCGAAGGUCGCGCAGUCUGUCGCCGUGUCGCGCGCUGCAGACCGGUCGCGGCGAGGCGUCGCGCUUCCGAAACCUCUGCGAGCUUGAACCGAACCGGAACCCGGUGACCAGCGGCUCGCGGGCGUCUAGAAAGAGCGUUUUGGGCGAGGGGUCGCACGCGCAGUAUCACGAGCUGGCCGGCAGGUGGCGCGCGAGUCUCGAGGCACGCAGGAGCAGCUGGGCAACGCUCACCGUCGCGGGGGGCGACGGCGCGUCGGACGCGUCCUCCUCCGCAGCCGCGGGCGUCAUUUCGGCGGCAGCCGUCGCUUUGUGUUUAAAGAAAGAUAGAGACGGAGGAGGUGAAAAUCUUCUGGAUGCUGUUAGAUCUGGAAACACUGAGGAGGUGAAGAGGUUGUUGGCAGAAGGGCUGGAUCCGAACAUUCGGCAUCGUUUGGGUUGGACGGCUCUAAUGGUAGCCACCAUGAACCGACAGCACAAUGUGGUGAAGGUUCUGUUAGAGGCAGGUGCUGAUCCAAACAUGGGCGAUGACUUCAGCAGUGUUUAUGAGAUGGCACGAGAGAAGAGUGUUCACUCAUUAGAGGUGUUGGUGAGCAGAGAGGAUGAGUUUAGUAAUCGUCUGAGCAGUCGGGCCAGUUUUCGUGGUUGUACUCCGCUGCAUUACGCAGUUCUGGCUGAUGACCUGCAGACCGUCCGUCUGCUGCUGAACACAGGUGCCAACCCUUUACGGAAGAACACACUGGGACAUGCUCCACUGGCCUACGCUAAAGACGGAGAGAUACACAAUGUCUUGAAGGAGUGGGAAACCAAGUUUUUGGAGGUUCAGCAGAAGAGAGAGACUGAGGAGAGACGCAGGUUUCCACUGGAGCGCAGGUUAAAAGAGCACAUCAUUGGACAAGAGGGAGCCAUCAAUACUGUCGCUUCAGCGAUCAGGAGGAAGGAGAACGGCUGGAAUGAUGAAGAACAUCCUCUCGUCUUUCUCUUUCUGGGCUCGUCUGGAAUCGGUAAAACUGAACUGGCCAAACAGAUCGCUCGCUACAUGCAUAAAGACGUUAAGAAGGGCUUCAUCAGAAUGGACAUGUCAGAAUUUCAAGAGAAACAUGAGGUGGCGAAGUUCAUUGGAUCUCCUCCGGGUUAUGUGGGUCAUGAAGAUGGGGGGCAUUUGACCAAGCAGCUCCGACAGUGUCCCAACGCUAUGGUUCUGUUUGAUGAAGUGGACAAAGCUCAUCCUGAUGUCCUGACCAUCAUGUUACAGCUCUUUGACGAGGGGCGUUUGACUGACGGCAAGGGGAAAACCAUCGAGUGUAAAGAUGCCAUUUUCAUCAUGACGUCCAAUGUUGCAAGCGAUGAAAUCGCCCAGCAUGCACUGCAGCUGAGACGAGAAGCGCAGGAGCAGAGCCGCAGACGUCUCGCUGAAAAUUUGGAUGACGUUCAGAAGAGCGAGAGCGUCACCAUCUCCAGCACAUUUAAAGAGGAGAUGAUUCGACCCAUUCUCAAGGCUCACUUCAGGCGUGACGAGUUUCUGGGGCGGAUUAACGAGAUCGUUUAUUUCCUGCCGUUCUGUCACUCUGAACUUAUCCUGCUGGUCACCAAAGAACUCAACUACUGGGCCAAGAAGGCCAAGCAGAGACACAACAUCACCCUGCUGUGGGACGGACCCGUCCUGGAGCUGCUGGCAGGGGGGUAUAACCUGCAUUAUGGAGCACGUUCAAUCAAACACGAGGUGGAGCGUCGGGUGGUGAAUCAGUUAGCAGCGGCGUAUGAGCAGGAGUUGUUGCCGAAGGGCUGUACGCUGCGUCUCACCGUCGACGGCGGUCCGCAGGAGAAAGAUGAAGCUCUGACCCUCCGUCUGGAGGUGAUGGGUGAAGACAGCACAUCCCAAAAGCUGGACAUCCGCCCGCCUCUGAACACAGAGGACAUGAGUUAUGCCCACUAGUGAGAGACUCGUAAGACUUCACCACACGCCUCUCUCGCUCUGAGUGUUGUGUGUUUAAUAAACAUCACACAUCUCAAACACCAGCUUUAUACACAAUCAUUAGAUGUCUCUACAGUAUAGAAGAUCCGUCUUCAUCGUGUAUGUGUGCUCACACACUUCAACAGGUCAUCAGUGUUUAUUUCUCAUUGUUAAUAAAUAAACUGAUCUACAAACAGAA